AUGGGGACACGGGGCGAUGGGGACGAGGUUCAUCACCCUCGGGACUUGGGGAGGUACCUGUAUGGGAAGAACCUGCAGGGGACAGCCUUCGUCCUCUUUGGCGUGAUGGUGGAUGACGAGAGAAAGACCAUCCCCCAGUCCCUGCAGCGCGUCAAGGUGACCGAUGGGGACGGAGAGGCCGUGCUGCCCAUGGCCAUGCUGCGGCAGCGCUUUGCCAACCUCCAGGAGCUGGUGGGACACUCGCUCUACGUCACCGUCACCGUCCUCACCGAGUCAGGCAGCGACAUGGUGGAGGCGCAGCGCAGCGGCAUCCGCAUCGUGACGUCCCCGUACACCAUCCACUUCACCCACACCCCCAAGUACUUCAAACCAGGGAUGCCCUUCGAUCUGACGGUUUAUGUCACCAACCCCGAUAAUUCCCCGGCUCCACGCAUCCCCGUCAAGGCCGACGACUUCCAGGGCCUCGUCUCCACCCAGCGAGAUGGCAAAGCCAAGCUGGUCCUCAACAUGCCAGCCAACAAGAACUCUGUCCCCAUCACUGUGAGGACAGCCCAGAAGGAUCUGCCCCCGGAGCGCCAGGCCUCGCAGCAGAUGGUGGCCGAGGCGUAUCAAAGCCAGGGGAACUCCGGCAACUACCUGCACCUGGCAGUGGGCGCUAGCCAGGUACAACCCGGGGACAACCUCCCCAUCAACUUCCAUCUCAAGAGCAACAGAGAGGACGUCCGCAGAUCCGUUUCCUACUUCACCUACCUGAUCCUGAGCAAGGGGCACAUCGUCCACGUGGGACGGCAGCCAAGGGAAGGUGACCAGAGCCUGGUCACUAUGUCACUUCCCGUGACGGCCAACCUCAUCCCUUCCUUCCGUAUCGUGGCCUACUACCAUGUGAAACCAGGAGAGAUCGUGGCUGAUUCGGUCUGGGUCGACGUCAAGGACACCUGCAUGGGCAGUCUGGUGGUGAAGGGAGCAUCGGAGGCCGACAAUCGUGUGCACGAGCCGAGGACCCCCAUGCGGCUGCGCAUCGAGGGUGACCACAAAGCCCACGUGGGGCUGGUGGCCGUGGACAAGGCAGUCUAUGUCCUCAACAAGAACAAACUCACCCAGAGUAAGGUGUGGGACGCAGUGGAGAACAGUGACAUCGGCUGCACCCCGGGCAGUGGGAGGAACCACGUGGGGGUCUUCGCCGACGCAGGCCUCAGCCUGGCUACAAAUGUGAACAUCGAAACGGAGCAGAGAGGUGAGGUCCAAUGCGCGAAACCUGCAAAACGCAAGCGCCGCUCCGUGAAGCUCAUCAAGCACAAGGGCACCAAGAUGGCCGAGUACAGCGACAGGAACCUGCGCAAGUGCUGCGAGGACGGCAUGAAGGAAAACCUGAUGGGCUACAGCUGUGAGAAACGGGCCACCUACAUCCUCGAUGGCACGGCCUGCACCGAAGCCUUCCUCAACUGCUGCCUGUACAUCAAGGGCAUCCGCGACGAGGAGCGCGAUCUGCAUUACGAGCUGGCUCGAAGUGAGGUGGAUGAUGCCUUCCUGGCUGACGAAGACAUCACCUCGCGGAGCCUCUUCCCAGAGAGCUGGCUGUGGCAGGUGGAGGAGCUGACAGAACCGCCCAAUGAACUGGGCAUCUCCACGAAGACGCUGCCCAUAUACCUGAAAGACUCCAUCACCACCUGGGAGGUCCUGGCUGUCAGCCUCUCUGAGAAGAAGGGGCUGUGCGUGGCCGACCCCUACGAGAUAACGGUGAUGAAGGAGUUCUUCAUCGACCUGCGCCUGCCCUACUCGGCGGUGAGGAACGAGCAGGUGGAGGUCCGCGCCGUCCUCUACAACUACUGGAAGAGCAAGAUCAAGGUGCGCGUGGAGCUGAUGUACAACCCGGCCCUGUGCAGCGCGUCCACCUCCAAGACGCGCUACCAGCAGAUCUUGCAACUGGAGCCUCAGACGUCGCACGCCGUGCCCUUCGUCAUCGUGCCCUUGCAGCUGGGGCAGCACGACGUCGAGGUGAAGGCGGCCGUCUGGGAGAGCUUUGUGUCUGAUGGCGUCAAGAAGAAGCUCAGAGUGGUGCCCGAAGGGAUGAGGCUGGAGAAGACGGUGAAGAUAGUUGAGCUUGACCCAAAGACGUUGGGAAACAACGGCGUGCAGGAAGUGAAGGUGAAAGCAGCAAACCUCUCUGACAUCGUCCCCAACACCGAGUCGGAGACCAAAGUCAGCAUUCAAGGCAACCCCAUGUCCAUCCUGGUGGAGAAAGCCAUCGAUGGGACCAAGCUGAAACACCUCAUUGUGACCCCGUCGGGCUGCGGGGAGCAGAACAUGAUUGGGAUGACACCCACUGUCAUCGCUGUCCACUACCUGGACAGCACGAUGCAAUGGGAGACCUUCGGUAUCCACCGCCGUGCGGAGGCCAUCGAGUUGAUCAAAAAGGGUUACACCCAACAGCUCGCGUUCCGCAAAGACGACGGCUCAUUUGCUGCCUUCACUAACCGCCCAUCCAGCACCUGGUUGACGGCCUACGUGGCCAAGGUCUUCGCCAUGGCCAUCAACAUGGUGGACAUCAAGCCAGAGGUGGUCUGCGGAGCCAUCAAAUGGCUCAUUCUGGAGAA